AACUCUUGAAGUACACAUUCUGGUUGACAGUUUAAAACACAUACGGACUUUUAUUCAUGUUUACUAUUUUAUUUUCUUUAAGUAUUUUUUUCUGAAUAUUAUUAGUCUUUAAAAAGAAAUACAAUAUAGCCCUAUCGUAACGUAAUUCAUAAAACCUGUACACAAUAGAAUACACUUAGGUUGCUAACAAUAUUAUUUCUAUUUUGUAAAUUUAUUUUGUGUUAAAAUGUUAGAACAAGUUAAACGCAUUAUUCUAGUUUUAUCAGGAAAAGGAGGUGUUGGAAAAUCUACAGUUAGUACUCAGUUAGCGCUUACACUCAGAGAAAAAGGAUAUAAGAUUGGUUUACUUGAUGUUGACCUAUGUGGACCCAGUGUGCCAUACCUGUUAAAUUUAGAAGGCCAAAACAUACAUCAGGGAAAUGAUGGAUGGAUACCAGUAUAUCUUGACAAUGAACAGAAAUUAGGAGUUAUGUCUAUAGGGUUUUUAUUGAACUCACGAAAUGAUGCUGUAGUGUGGAGGGGUCCAAAAAAAACCUCCAUGAUCAAACAGUUCCUAGAAGAUGUUUGCUGGCAAGAAUUGGAUUUUCUCAUCAUUGACACUCCACCUGGUACAUCGGACGAACAUAUUACUGUGAUGGAGAAUUUACGACAAAUACCUCAUUGCUCGGCAAUAAUUGUGACAACACCGCAACAAGUCGCCAUUGAAGAUGUGAGGAAAGAAAUUACCUUUUGCAGAAAGACAGGCAUACCAAUCAUGGGUAUCAUUGAGAAUAUGAGUGGCUACGAAUGUCCAGUUUGCAGUGAAUGCACCAACAUAUUCUCCAGUGGUGGAGGAAAGUCACUGGCAGAAAUCUCGAAGAUUCCAUUUCUAGGCAGUUUACCUAUAGACCCAAGAGUUGGUAAACUGGCCGGCCGAGGGGUUGCCGCCAUCAAAGAGUUACCAGAUUCCAAAACGAGCCAAGUCUUCAAUGAACUCGUCACACAAUUAUCGGAACAGUCAAAUGCCACAUGAACUGGCGGAUCUCUUCUUCGGACGAGGGGCAGCAAUGCGGUGGUGCCUUCUGAAGAAUGUUACGAAGCUCCUGAGGAAGUGUUACUAUAAUUUAUUUUAUAUUUUAUCCAACUUCAUUCAAUUUAUUUAUAUUGAAAUACAACAUUG